ACAGAUCGAGACGCCGCGCCGGGCUUGUCACGCACGUGCCAGUAUCAAUCAUAUUACGAAAUUACUAGAAAACAUAACAUAACAGUUUAUCAUCUUAGUCGUAUUUUGAAUAAAUAACGAAAAAUAAAUUUCUUUCUCACCUAUUCAUUAUAGUGCUUAUCUUUAAGAAUAUGUAGACUCUUUAAUUAAGUCGGGUGCUUAUCAGUGUCCAAGUGACUUAACAUUGUUAUGGGCAAUGUCAUCGACGGACGGAUUCAAAAACUUUUUGUGAUAGGAAGUGUAGUAUGUCAUUGAGCGGUACCACGAUGGUAGCUGGUGGUCACUAGUGCGAGGUGUGUUUUGCUUAGAAUAAAUACGAUCGUCGGUCGUUUGAGUGUAAAUUAUUAUAAAGCAACGUAUGGAAAAAUGAAAAUUGACUCGUUGGAAUACAGGCUGGAAGGUGUGGGCCCCAUCAUCCCGACACCGGCGACGUCCAACUGGAUGCUGCGGUACCGGCCGCUCGACUCCGAGCCGUGGAGGCUCCCUAUACCGAUACCCUCAGACUUGGAACAAUUCCGAGUGGAGACGGUGACGGGGCGGGCGCCGCGCACGCACAGCCCCAGCUCGGAGUGGUGGGGGGGCGGCGGGGCGGCGGGCGCGGGGGGCGGCGGGGGCGCGGCGCUGGGCUGGGCGGCCGGCGUCGUGCUGCUCGCGUUGCUGGUGCUGCUGGUGCGAGCCAUGGAGAAGUGUCUCGAUAAACGGCUCUUUAAGAUGCAAACAGACAGACAAGAGUCGGACGAGUGGCCGGCGCCGACCGUGCGCGCCACCAACAAUCAAGAAUGUCGCCCCGCAGACGUAGCGGCCGCGGGACCCAACGGAGAAGCAUACAUUGGAGCCGGCGCGACCAGCGACCUCCCCCCUCCUUACUCGGAGUGCGCCAACUCGACCACGACUGUUGGACCCAAGCCCGGCGAGGACCCUCCCCCUCCAUACUCCACCUGCUACUUCAGUAAUAACCCGAAGGACGAACCAUCAGUCCACUUCAUCAAUAUACAAAACAGAUCUGACACAAACCGGUCUGAUGUCCAAAGCGGCCCCGCUACGGACAUCAACACUGCAGCGGAAACAGUUCGCGUUGAGAUUGAGAAUGAAAUACCGCGGGAUAGAACAAUAGUGGUAUAAUAUGUUUCGGUAAUAGCUAGUAUCCGUACUAGAUAUUAAACAUACCUGAUAUGGUCGUAUCGAGAUCAUGAAUUAGUUGAUUUUAUUCAACUAGUAUUGAACAGGGAUGAUCUCUACGUAGUAAACUAUUCGUUUUUAACGUUAGUUAAAGCGUUACGGUCUUAAAAAUAUUAACUCGAAGAGCGUUUCAACUGUUCUUGUUGAGCUUGUAACUAUACAGCCGUUGUAACUAUACUGAGACCUUAGAACUUAUAUCUCAAGGUGGGUGGCGCAUUUACGUUGUAGAUGUCUAUGGGCUCCAGUAACCACUUAACACCAGGCGGGCUGUGAGCUCGUCCACACAUCUGAGCAAUAAAAAAAAAGCUUGUAAUGUGGGGUUCGUAUUCGAGUGUGGUAAUACACAGACGGAUAGAUGUCGCUACAUUGUGGAUUAGUCGUGUUGUUUCAGCACGCAUUCGUCACAACUCGCUCUUAAACAACUGAGUACAAUCAACUAUCAGGAAAUGAGAGAUUAAAUCUUAUUAUUUUGACGACAUGUUCUGUUUAUAUCUCGAAUUCGGCAAUAAUUAUAUUCUUAAUGAAGCUAAGAGUACAAUAUUAAGAUUGAUGGAAAACUUUGAACUUGAGACGUGAAAAUGAUGGGAAUCACUGGUCAUUCAAGUUACUCAUCUUCGAUAUUAUUUCUAAGUUUAAUAUAAGUUAUAGCAUGUGAUAGUUAUUAACAAAAUCUUUUAAUAUUAGUGUUCACUAAGCCAAAGAAUUUAGUUGUUAUAGUCGGUAGUUUAAAAUUUACAUUCCUUAGAAUUAUUAUUUCAGUCUUUGUCUCAGUACGAUGGGUCGGUGUAACAUAAUAUUCUCCUUUCCAUUAAGGUUUAUCAUACGUCAUCUCCGCACUCACACGCCUCUGUCACAGAAUCAUUUCUGAGUGCGCCCCUUCUAUUCAUUCCAUAUAGUCACUGACCGUUAUUACAACUGAUACAGUUUCACUACCCAGGACAACAGAGGUCAGUGUAGUUAGUCGAUCAGUUCUUGUGUUCCUGCGAGUCACAACUUUAAACUAAAGGCUUUAAGGUUUUAAUUGCGUGAAAAGUUAAAUCCAUACGUACACCUUGUCACUAUUAUUUAUGUAAAUUCAUAAAUAUUUUGAUUUUUAUUCGUUCAUGGUGGAAGUCGUUCGUGAACAUAAUAUACGAAAUAAGUAUUUUCUUAGAAAAAUUGAUACUGACACGCCUGCGAGAUUUGACUCUGGCAAUUUUUCCUCGCAUCGCCACGACAGUUUCCAAUACGAGAUUAAACCAUCUACAAAUGUAUUUAUUGAAUUUUAAUCAUUCAACAAAUAGUUAUAGUUAAAUAAUUAGCACACGUAAGAGAGAUCACGAUUAUGAAAGUGGGUGGUUUAUGAUUUUUUUAAUUAUAUGAGUGAACGAACCCAACUCCUAUUAGGUGGUUGCCAGAGUCAUUAACCACCUAUCACUAACAUUGACACGCACAUAAUAAUUAAAAUUAAAUUAUGGAAUAUGAGGGAGCUUGGAAGUACAUUACGUCACUAGUUUCAUAAUGUGUUAAUUUAAACAUAUAAUUACUUUUAUUAGCUGAUUCACUAUGGAGAAAUGAAUUCUAUAAUCAUCGAUCUAUAAUCUUAAAUUGAUGGAAGUUGACAAACAGGAUUAGGAGUUAUGGGUAUAAUUAAUUGUAUUUUAAGUACUUUUUUUUUAAAUCUAGAAGUCCUUAGUUAAAAUGGUCGCGUAAGGUGAUCGUUCCGUGAACUAAACACCGGUGGUCUCCCUCCUGUACACAACCGAGUUCUCAAGUAUAUUUUUUAAUUAACUAAGCACGCUGCACAUUUUAAAAGUAAUAUUGUUAAAGACUACAAUAUUAUUCUUUAAACUGUCCUAUCGAACACGCCUUACGGGUACAUAUGUACUAUAACUAGCGACCCGCCCUCGCUUCGCUUCGGAAACUGUCAUUUAUUAUUGAUUUCUCCACUAUUUAAUGGAUGUUAUUAUACAUAUGAACCUUCCUCUUCCGUCACUCUAAAAAAAACGCAUCAAAAUCCGUUGCGUACUUUUAAAGAUUUAAGCAUACAUAGGAAUAGAGAAAGCGACUUUGUUUUAUACUAUGUAGUGAAGGUGGCUUCAUAACAAUAUCCACGGAACGAUGUCGCGUGGUGCCGCUCGAUGGAUGGGCGUCGAUAUUGUAGUGUAGAUGUAUGGUAGGAGCAAUCGAUAGUUUUAUAGUAAACACGAAACAUACCUUCAAUAAAAAUUUCUUUUACAAA